AUGGCAGAAGCAAUAGGCCUCGUCGCCAGCGUCCUCCAGCUGGCAGGGACAGGGCUGAAGCUUUCGCAGGCCUUGUAUCAGUAUGCUGAUGCUGUCGCGAAUGCUGACCGCCGCAUCAGGGAAGUUGCAAAGGAAAUCAAACUGACUAGCUUUGUUGUCGAAGAGUUGGGCAAGAUUUUCAAGCAGCACGACACAUUGAGCCUGAUGUCAGAGACGGCUGUUGCGACAGCGAAUGAGACCAUCGCCGAGUGCUCUACAGUAUUCGACGACAUUGAAAAGACGCUAAACAAGAGCAAGAAGGGGAAAAUGGGCCGCUUCACGCUGCCUUUCCGAGAAAACAAGAUCGAGUUGCUGCAGAGCCGCAUAGAGAAGCUCAAAAGUUCAUUGCAACUCUUGAUGCAAGUGCUUAUGCAUGCAUACCAGGUUGCUUCAAACAAGUUUGACCGAGAAGCUGAGGCAAGGCAACGAGACGGGAUUAGGCGGUUGAUCGAGAAGAAAAAGAGCUCGACUGAAAAGUAUGAGGAGCUUCAGCGGAGAUUUAGUAUGAGCGACAGCAGCACCGCAAUCGAGGAUGACGAGAGCUCUCUAGACGGAGACAGUGUAUCUGAUUCGAUGGUGAAUGCUACAGCUAUUGGCUCAUCAAUGAGCGCCGAGUCUCUCGCAGAAUGCGCGGAGCAUGUGCGAAUCCUUUUGGAAGACAUUGGACGCCUACAACACGCUCUCGCAAACAAGUCGGAUGGAGAUGACCAUUCGCACCACCAACAGAUAGCUAUGGGAUCUUACUUUACUGUUCGCGCCCAUCUCGACCGUGUCCUACUUGGAAAAUCAAGCACAGUAGUUCUCGAAAGCACGAUGAAGAUUACUCCAGAGUCCUUGAGGAUGAAAGCCCCGGCUCAAUUCUUGGAUAGCGAAGCUGGCAGCGGACAAAAGGAAAAUGAAACGCGGACGAAUGUGGAAGAAACGCAGAUGGAGGUGGAAGAAACAGCGGCAGAGGAGAAAAUGACAACGCGAUUGCCAUUGAUACUGCAUGAAGUUUCCCGCUCUUCACGUCCCGACGCAAAAGCUGAACAGCGCCGGCCCAAUGCGUUGUUUGGAGGUGGUAGGACAUAUCCUGAUGCCAUCGAACCACACAGGCACCCAAGCGGUGCACUCUCAGCCUCCCCAAGCUACGUACAGAAUUCCUCGCAAUAUACAGGAGACGUGGAUUUUGGUGAGGAAUUCGUUCCUGAUGUUAUCAAGCAAGAUGCUUCUUGUCAGAUCGGAGUAAUAGAACAAAGUGGCAGCGCAUCAUGGGAUCGUACGCACGAGACGACGCACAUGCCGUUGACAGCAGCGAUUCCUAAAAAAGACGAGGUGGAUGACUUGUUACGAGAAUGGACAACCUUGUACAAAUGA